AUGUCAUCGCAACAAUCAACCUCUACAGAUUCCUACUUUCGUUCCCACUGCGUGGCCGUUUCUGCCCAGCUCGUUACGGGGGGCCACGGGACAUCCACGCGAUUCCCGCGACGUUUUGUGCGGCGCCGGGCAAGGGCAGCCGGGGCGUAUCACGGGCAGUUCACCAUGGCGGAACAGCUCGCGCGCAUUUUCGGAACGGAGGAAGAUCGAGUGAAUUGUCCCUUCUACUUCAAGAUCGGUGCGUGCCGCAAUGGCGAUCAGUGCAAUCGCUUGCACAACCGUCCGACGAUGAGUCAGACUUUGCUGCUGUCGCACAUGUAUCCCAAUACUCCUGAAUCCCUGGCACUGGCCAACGACGAGCCUUGGGAUGAUGAUAUGUAUGACCGUGCACAGGCACACUUGGAGGCGUUCUACGUGGAGGUUUUCUUGGAGUUGGCCAACUAUGGUGAGAUUGAGGACUUGGUCGUGGUGGAUAAUCUUUGUGACCAUAUGAUUGGCAAUGUCUACGUUGCUUGGCUGAUUUGGCUGGGGAUGGUCACCGACCAUCACUGUCCAACACAACUGGUGGCUGGUUUCAACAGUGGGGCUGGGGCCCGCCCCCACCCUGGCACCGCCGGGCCGGGCGCCAUGUCGUUUGCCGUGGCGGAAGCUGCGCACAACGUGUCGUCCUUUCUGGUGCCGCAUCAAAGCUCCGAAGAUUUGAUGCAACAGGGCGUGCCUGCCCGGGAAGCACGACGGAGAAGUUUCUUCCGCACUUGGUUGAUGGAGAGGCUGUCCACAUUUCUAGAGCUGAUCUUGAUUUGGUCGGUGUUGAUCCCUGUGUUGGUGGCACUGCUCCUGGGCCUGACGCUCUUCGUGAGUGGCGUCUGCGAUGCCAUCGGCGGCAAUGAGGCCACGGUGGUCAUCACGGAUUUUCUCUUCAGUCACCUGACGGACAAAUGUGAUCAGCCCGUGGGGACCUUGGUGAUCAUCUUCUGGAUCUCUGUCUUUUCAAAGCUCAUUUUCAUUGUCUUGUGGGAUCGUUUCAACGAGAUUCCCGAAUGCGAUUGCUGCAGCAGCAGAUGUUGCCGCUGCUGUCGCCGCUGCUUCUACUAUUGUCUCACCACUCCCAUGGUCUUGUUCGAGUUCCUGUGGCCUGCGACCACCUUUGUCCUGUUGUUCCUAGCACAUGACUGCACUUGGCAGGUCAAGGCUAGUGCUUGGGUAGUGCUGUCGCCCUUCAUUUUGGAGGUCUUGGGCUUUUUCCUCUGGCUCACCUGGGGUCCUUGCCUGAAGCCCAUCUUGUGGUGCGUGGGUCUUCUGACGGAUCCCGCCAACCUGGCUCGGAGCUUUACCAGAAUCAGGUAUCGGCCCGAGACCUUCAAUGAUGAGACUUACGCCUCAAACUGUGCCAUUUGUUUGGUGGACUUUGCUGCACCCGAUGACAUCGCCCUGGCUCCCUGUGCCAACGGCCGGCACGUCUUUCACCGAUGGAAGAAGCUCUCGCGUCAUGAUUCUCCCAUCUUCCCAAAAAAACGUCCCAAUGUCAUCUGCAAAAUGGCAACCCAUUUGAGAAAACCAGCCAUGGGGUCUAUUGAUCCGGAGUUUCCAGCGUCCUUCCAGAUGUCGCCUGAGCAAUUGAUGCCGACAAGAUGUCGACGAUGUGGACGGCUGAUGAAAGAAGCCGUUGAGGUGAAGUACUACCACGAGGAGGAUGCCGAACGCGCCCUGAUGAAGCUGACAGGCCGUUUCUACAGUGGCAAGUUGAUCCAAGCCGAGUACACCACGGUGAGCGAUUUCCGUGAGGCGCGUUGUCGAGCCUUCCACGAAACGCGCUGCAAUCGUGGCAAUUUCAUGCACAUCAAGCACAUUCCCCGUGCCAUCAAGCGUCGUGUUGUCCGAGAGAUGUACGAUGACCAUCCAGAAUACCUGGGGCAAACAGCCAAGAAGUCCAAGAAGGACAAGGACAAGGAGCGCCGUUCCCGCUCCCGGCGCCGAGACAAGGAGAAGAAGGAGAAGGACCGCGACCGCGACCGCGGCGAGCGCACGGACGCUCCACCUGCUCGACAAACUUCGGAGGAGCGUCGUGCCAUGAUCGCUUCCUGGAAUGCAGAGAAGGAGACUUGGCGGGAGAAGGCGGAGCUGUGGCAUGAGCUGAGAGAUGAAGAGUGGCACGCGAGAGUGGUGGCUGGUGCUACGGCCGAGCUUUUUUGUGCCUCGGAUUUGAGGCGGUUGGAUGCUACGGUUGGAUACCGAUUGGAUACCGAGAGGUAUCCAUGGCGUUCUCACCGGAUGCUGGUGGUUUUAAAGAUCAACAGCGAGACGAGGAAGCCUACGUCCGCCUCUGCCGAACUUGUUGGGGAUGUAUUUGGCCAAGCCAGGCAAAUUCACGUGGUCGCCGAGAGGGCGACUACUUGCGUGGUGAUGGUGAUUCCAUCAUGGGUGAAGUACAGGCACCGAAAAGUCGGGAAGGACCGCAUUCGUGAGAUGGAGGCGCGCAUGGCCCUCGAUGUGGAAAGCGACACCCAUGAGGGCGCGCUCCAGGGGCAACAGGGGCGUUGCAGGGGAGCGUUGAAGUUCUGGAUUGUUUGCAGCUAUGAUUUCAAUGAGUUCAUGGCAUUUGGAUUGAAGUGUCUUAUCGUUUGUCUUCGGAGAGAAGAAACCGAGGCCGAAACGUUGCCGAGUUCCUUGGCCGAGUUAGUGGCUGGCAGGGUUGGAAUUCCUUUCCGUCCGGCUAUCAUCAUGACUGUAGCCUUCGGCGCUUUAUUGACCUGCGUCUUGAUGUUUUUGCCGUUGUAUGAAUUCACCACCCAGCUUCAAACCAAGACCGCUGAGAGUUUUGGCAAAUCGGUGAAUCGUCAGUUCGGCCUGAUUGAAGAACUGACCUCCCGUGCCGCCACCGCGUCACACCGCAGUAUUCUUGGGCGAAUCAGAAACCUGCUCUGGGAAACAGUGAUGGAGCCCCCGGAUCGUGCCAUUGACGCUCUCUGGGGCACCAUGCAAAUGUCCCACAGCUUUGAUCCGGCCUGGACGGGCCAGACGGAGAAGCAGCGGGCGGCCAUGGCUUAUCGCGCCUUCUUGGAGUUGCAGCAACAGCAAAAGGAGGCCAACCACACCCACCGACAAACCGGUGCUGCAGACUUUCUGUAUGUGGCUUUUCAGGGUGGCGAUUUUUCUGGCACAUCAUUCCGCCUGAGGAAUGAAGACACGCAGAAGGGAUACAAGGCGAAGUGGUUUGAUUGUCCGCUGCAUAGCAGCACUGCUGAAGACACCUUCUUAGAGCUCGGUGUGGUGAAGAAAGACCCAGAGUGCAAUGAGAAGUUUCCGUUGAAACGGCCAUGGUAUACCUUGCAAUCCAACAUGGCAGAGAUCGGUGGUCCACUCAAGCGCUUGUGGUCAGGGCUCUACGUCUACCUGGAUGGUACCACCAUCGGUCUUACCAAGACAGCACCCGUGGCGUAUUGUGGAGACUACUCUUGCUUUGAGGGAGUGAUUGCUGCCGACAUCACCUUGAAAGUGGUGGGCCAGAGUUGCGAUGAGGCUUUCGUGACGUUGCAACAAGAACUCAUGGCUUCAGCCUAUCAAUUUCCCAUCAAUCGGAGUAAUGCGGUGGUCUUUGUGGUGAGCCAAUUGACUCGAGGUCAGCAAGCUCCAGGGGUCCUGGUUGGCGCCUCCCAUCUCCAACUGGACCAGAUUGUGAUGGCGCAACACUCCAGCGAGGCCUUGGUGUCAAGCACAUCCAUGGAGUUAUUGCGGCGAUUUGGUGAAUGGAACGCCUCGGCUCUCCAGGAGGAGCAACUCUUCCGCUUUCGUGCUGCCAAUGGCUCCACUGACUGCGGUGUGGAGUUUUCGCAGUUUACAGACCCCGAAUGUUUGCAGGCG